AUGACCUGUCUAAAAAACUUUCAAAGUGCUCGUGCUGAACUGAACCAGAUAAAGGGGCCUAAUGUUCAGAAAAGGAAGGACACCAAAUGGAAGCCACCAGAUGAGGGAGCUUCUAAGGUAAACUUUGAUGCGGCUAUAGAUAAGAACAAUUACAAAUUGGGAUUGGGUAUAGUGGCAAGGAAUCAUGUGGGAGAGGUUCUGUUUACCUUAAGUUCUUCUAAGCUAUUUAGUGGCAACUCUAAUAUGGCUGAAGCAGCUGCUCUUUGGAGAGCUAUGGAGCUUGUUUUGGAGCUUGAUGUCAGGAAGGUGGUCUUUGAAGGAGAUGCUAAUAGGCUAAUCAAAGGGGUAACAGAUGUAAAGGGCAACUAUGCUUGGAUGGAGCAGCAGUAUGCAAAUAUAUGUGGCAGGUUGUUACUGAGGCCUGACUGGUCUGUGAGCUUCAUUCAUAGAGAAGGGAACUGUGUGGCUCAUGCAUUAGCUAAGAGAGAAUUGAGAAUGGAAGGGGUGUGA